UUGUCUCGGCCACUAGGAGAGGACAGAAAGCUAUUUGUUGGACUAGCUCUGCGGUUUUUACCCACGUCACCACCUUGAAGCCGUUUUUGUUGACGUUGAUAAGAAGUUCAAGUUAAUUUCGUCGGUAUCAUUCGUUGUCGGACAAAAAAAAAAAAAAAAUGCCUCGCGGAAGGCGGAGAGGUUCGUGACCGUUCAUAAAGAUGCCUUUGUAACCUGACCAAACCGGCUCCAUCACGAACCGUCCCAUCGCUGCCUAAAAAGUGGAUCAUCUGUCAAUAAUGGACGUCUCCCAGGUGACCCUCAGUGUUAGAGGAGAAACUUGUCCAGGCGAGGUGAUUGCCGUGGUUGGGAGUUGUGAAUCCCUCGGCAUCUGGAGCUACCAAAAAGCAGUGGUCUUGAAAGCCCUGAGUGAUGAGGGAAAUAAGUGGAUGACAAUGGUCGCCAUUCCCAGGGGAGUAGAGGUCAAGUACCGCUACUUCAAGGGCUUCUUUCUCGAGGCAAAAAGGGCGGGCGAUCCUUCUCAGGUGAUAGUCAAUGUGUGGGAGAGCCAUCAUCAUCCCCGCACCAUGAGCCCCACAGCACCUCACGUGAAUGUCAACAGUGGGCAAUUUGGAAUUCACAAUGGGGUCGCGUGUGUCGACGUCGGCUGGCUCACGUGCCAAACGGAGAUUCGCCUGCGUCUGCACUAUUCCAAGAUGUCUCCGGUGUCCAUCACCAAGAAGAAAUUCAAGAAGUCCCGUUUCAGGAUCAAAUUGACACUGGAGGGUGUUGAGGAGGAGGACGAAGAGGGCGAGGAGGAGGGGGAGGACUCACGCAACAUGUCAUCCCCACCCAAGGUGCCCACCACCCUGGAGAUCAGCAUGAUCAGCCCAAAAUGCUACAAAUCCCGCCACUCGCAGCCCGAGUGCGGCUACGCCCUGGAACCUUCACAGUGGACUGAGUACAGCAUCCACAGCAUGGACCCCGACAACCUGGAGCUCACUUUUGAGUUCUUUGAGGAGGAUAUGAGCGAGCACGUGGUCCAGGGCGACGUUCACCCUGGUCACGUGGGCACCGCCUGCCUCCUCUCCUCCACCUUCCUGGAGAGCGGCAGGGACCACGGUCUGGUAACGUUGCCCAUCAUGGGGCGCAACUCCAGGCAGACCAUCGGCAAAGUGCGAGUGGACUACCUGGUGAUCAGGCCCAUCCCGGGCCUGCAGUGCGACAUGAGUGCGACCUUCAGCAAGUACUGGAAGAAAGGAAGGUCCUUGAACGUGGGCCACCGGGGAGCUGGAAGCACCCAAGCUGCCAAGCAUCACAGAGUGCAAGAGAACACCAUUGCUUCCUUUAAGAGCGCCGCCAAGCACGGGGCCGCCUACGUGGAGUUCGACGUCCACCUCUCCAAAGACGCCGUGCCCAUCGUGUACCAUGACCUCACGUGCUGCAUCUCCACCAAGAAAAAGAAAAAUGACCAGACUCUAGAGCUCAUUGAGGUGCCUGUGAAAGAUCUGACGUUUGAUCAGCUGCAGCUUCUGAAGCUGGCUCACGUCACCGCCAUGAAGGGAAACGAUCUCAAAGACGUGAUGGAGGACGAUGACGAGAUUGACGAGCAUCAGCCCUUCCCGUCGCUCUCGCAGCUCUUCCAAGCUCUCCCAGAACAUGUGGGCUUCAACAUCGAGCUCAAAUGGAUCAGUCAGAUGAAGGACGGGUCAUGGGAAGGCAACAUGUCAUCCUACUUCAACAUGAACAUGUUCAUAGACAUCAUUUUGUCCUGCGUUCUCCGCGAAGGAGGCAAGCGACGCAUCGUCUUCUCUUGCUUCGACCCCGAUAUCUGCUCCAUGGUGCGCCGCAAGCAGAACAAGUACCCCAUCCUUUUCCUGACGCAGGGCAUCUCUGAAAAGUAUCCAGAGCUGAUGGACAUCCGCUGCCAGACCACCGAGAUCGCCAUGAGCUUUGCUCAGAGCGAGAACAUCCUAGGCAUCAGCGCUCACACCGAGGAGCUGAUGAUGAACGUGAGCCUCAUCAGGGAGGCGCAGGACAAAGGCCUGGUGGUGUUCAGCUGGGGCGAUGACAACAACGAGCACGAGAAUAGGAGGAAACUGAGGGAGCAGGGUAUUGACGGACUCAUCUAUGACAGGAUCUGCGAGGAACAAGCGGAGCAGCCCAACAUCUUCCAGGUGGAGGAGCAACACUCCCUGCGGGAGGUCAUCACAGACGAGACCCUUAAGAGUCCCGCCUGCUCCUGCUACUCCAUACCAUGCUCCAUGGCGCCAUGUGUCGCUGGCAAGGAGCGGGCCUGCAGCGGCAGUGCCGAGUCCGACUCUGGCCUCAGCUCCUCGUAGCCCCGUCCAAUUCUUACAAAAGGAAUUUUGUGUUCUGAGUUUGAAUUUGACAAGUACCUUCGCUGAUGUGCACAAAAUGGCCACUUUGAAUUUCAAUUGUAGUGACUGCUUGCCUCUGCGUUCAGAUUUUAGGCAGGGAUACUGAAGUGUGAUAUUAGGCAAUGUGCCGCGAUCCACCGUUCAUCACAGGAGUUACAUACCAAACUUAUCUGUGUCUAAAGUAGACUUUUUAAACACAACACUUGCAAGCCUAAAAUACUUGAAAAAUCAAUUGAAUAAUCAAACAAAAAAAACGGAUUGUAAUAUACGACCUAACAUACCCAUUCUUCACGCUUUAACCACGUUGUUUAAACACAGAAAGAGUAUUUCAAUGCACGCACACACACAAAUACAAAG